AUGAAACCGAAAAUCGAUGAAAAACCUCUGAUUGUAUUGGAUGACAGUAGCGAGGCUGGCAACGAUAAUACAUUGUCUACUCCCACAAAUAAUGUAAAUAUUCCAAGUACCAGUGGUGGUGGUGAUGUUGAUCAAUCCGACGAUGAGCAAUUACUUUCGGUUAGUAUAGAUAAUAACGUCGAAAAUCCCAUAUUGAAAACUAUUGGAACAAAGGGAGGCAGCAGCAGUUCGGAAAGAAAACUCAACAAUUUAUCACAAAAUAAACAGAACAAUGAAGACAAUAGUGUGGGUACCAUAAUGAAUCCCCUUAAUAUAGAUCGCAGUGUCGGGGAUAAUAUACCAACAACAUCGGCCAAUGUAACAACCACCACACAACCGGUGACUAGCACUUUGUCCAAUACUACAUUGCCCCAACAACAACCACAACAACAGAAUCCCACAUUUCGAAUACGUUCCCGCACCUCGGCAAUUAAUGAAAAUAAUAUUGCCAAUCAAGGUGAAAAUUAUGAGAGUUUGGAUUAUGAUGUUUGUGAAAAUGUGUUGUUCCUCAAAGAACAGGAACGUAUUAGCAGCACUCGGUUUUCUUUACGCAAAGAUAUUCUACGUUGGAUAAUUUUCAUACAAAUUGGUAUUAUAACCGCCUUGAUCGCCUGUGCCAUCGAUAUUGUUAUUGAGGAACUGUCCGCCUUGAAAUAUGAUUUUCUUAAACACGCUGUCGAUGCCAAUGUACCUCAUCAGGAUAAUCCAACUGGUGACUUAGUCAUACCCUAUUUAUAUUGGUUAGCCUUAAGUAUGGUACCUGUGGCAUUGGGUGCCACAAUGGUUACUUAUAUUGAACCCAUUACUGCUGGCAGUGGUAUACCGCAGGUGAAAAGUUAUUUAAAUGGCGUCAAGGUACCACGAAUUGUGCGCAUCAAGACAUUGGCCGUGAAGAGUAUUGGCGUAAUAACAUCGGUGGUGGGUGGACUUGCUGGAGGAAAGGAAGGUCCAAUGAUACAUGCUGGUGCCGUUGUAGCAGCUGGAAUCUCACAGGGAAAAAGUACAACAUUUGUUAAAGAUUUUCGUAUUUUCAAAGCGUUUCGUGAUGACCACGAGAAGCGGGAUUUUGUUUUGGGCGGUGCAGCGGCUGGCGUUUCCGCUGCUUUUGGCUCACCAAUUGGUGGUAUGUUAUUCUCAUUGGAAGAGGCAGCAAGUUUCUGGAAUCAAAAUUUAAUAUGGCGUACAUUGAUUGCAUCAAUUAUCAGUUCGUUUACGUUGAAUAUUGUUCUGUCCGCCUACCAUGGUUUGGGUGAUUUUACAUUUACGGGCCUAUUUAAUUUGGGCAAAUUCGAACAACCGCUAACAUUCGAAUAUUACGAAUUACCCAUAUUUAUGCUGUUCGGUAUAACGGGUGGUCUCUUGGGCGCCACAUGGAAUAUGUUGAAUACCAAAAUUAAUAAAUUUCGUUCAAGAUUCAUUAAAUUUAAAUUUGCCAAAGUUUUGGAAGCCGUUUUAGUGGCCAUCAUGGGUGUAUCGUUGGCCUGCACUAUGGUUUAUUUGAUUAAUGAUUGUCGUCCCUUGGGUAAUGAUCCGACAGAUUAUCCAACACAGCUAUUUUGUGAGGAUAACGAAUAUAAUGCUGUGGCCGCUUUGUGGUUCCAAACGCCCGAAGCCACAGUUCGUUCAUUGUUUCAUGAUCCUCCAGGUUCCCAUAAAAUUUUAACCUUAACCCUGUUCACAUUGAUCUAUUUUCUAUUAUCCUGUUUCACAUUCGGUUUGAAUGUAAGCCUGGGCGUUUUUAUACCAACUGCUUUGGUAGGUGCAGCCUGGGGACGUUUAGUGGCAAUGGUGGCAUAUUAUAUAUUUCCAACGGCUACCUUCUUAAAUCCCGGUAAAUAUGCUUUAAUUGGAGCCGCUGCCAAUUUGGGUGGUGUUCUACGCAUGACAAUUAGUUUAACGGUCAUACUAAUGGAAACCACCGGUAUUGAAACAUCGUUUUUCUUCCCGUUGAUAAUUGCCCUGAUUAGUGCCAAAUGGGUGGGUGAUUAUUUCAACGAGGGCAUCUAUGAUAUACAAGUCAAAGUGAAUCAUGUACCAAUGUUGCCAUGGGAACCAUUACCACACUAUAUGGGCCUAAAGGCCUCGAACAUAAUGAGCUCGCCGGUAGUGUGCAUUAAACUAAGGGAUAAAUCGAAAUAUAUCUAUGAUAUUUUGAAUCGCUAUAAACACAAUGGAUUUCCUGUUGUUGAUGAUGUUGUGGGGAAUGAUCGUUCCAAGGGUCGUGUCUGUGGCAUUAUAUUGCGUUCUCAGCUGAUUGUUAUUCUCCUGAAAUCUCUGUAUGAGGAGAAAAAACGUUUUUGGCAUUCGGAAACGACAAUACAAACAUUCCGAGAUGUUUAUCCGCGUUAUCCAUCCAUUGAUAAUGUUCGCAUGCAUGAUGAUAAAGUUAAUUAUACCGUGAAUUUGGAUAUAUUUAUGAAUCCAUCACCGAUUUGUUCCAGAGAGCACGAUUCUGUACAGAAAAUCUUCAAUAAAUUUCGUGCACUUGGCUUGCGUCAUUUAAUUGUUGUCGACAAAGAAAAUCGUGUUAGCGGUAUUAUAACACGUAAAGACUUUUUAUAUAAGUGAUAUUGUUGUUACAACAGAAUAUUUUUU